UCCUGAGCCAGGCCGGCGUUAGCACUCGGCACGCUCGCUCCUCCAGCGGCUCGGCGGCACCGAUGGCGUUUAUCUUCCGAGGCCUCCACGAAGCUUUCCGACAAAAAUAGCGAGGGAUGAGCUUGGCGGCCCCGAUAAAACCCAUCCGUCGUCUCCGCGCAGGGCUUCUCCGCGAUGGUCUGCGUGAGGGACACCCCGAGGGGACGCCAUGGCCGGGCAACGGGAGGUCACCACCUUGCAUUUGAAGAGCUGUGAUGCCAAACAGAGACACGUGCCCAUACCAGAAGUGACCAUCUCACUCAGCCUUGGAGGAGAACAGCCCUCCUUCAUCUGACUCUUCUUCAGCAUGCCUGCGCAGCCCAAAUGUCCUCUAGAUGCUCCCUGUGCUGCUGUCAGCUUGGGCUCCCUGUUGGGACGUGUCCCCAAGGGCCACUUCAUUCUCCUCUGAACAACGUCCCGGUGGCUCGUCGAUGCUCCAGCCCCUCCAAAAGGCAUCAGAGCAGCAGCACGAGGGGCUGCAACAGCCCCGGCAGUGACGAACAGCCGAGUGGAGGGAUUUCAUUCUACAAGAGCAUCUUCGGUGGGAAGGACAUCUCUCCAUCCCCAUGGGAAUGAUGCAGGCUUCCACUUAGGCCUUGAUGGGUGCCCAAGCAGGAGGGAUGGGCAAGCCCCCGACCUUCACCUCCCCGCUGCCCUCUCCAGCGCUGGCUCCCCAGGGCCUGUGGGAGCCCAUCGCAAUGUGAUCGGGGCCCUGCAGCUCCACGGUGCCUGCUGCCCACCCCGUGGGCAUCUCCAGGACCCUUGCCUGCCUGUCGCGCCCCACCAUGAUGUGCGAGGUGAUGCCCACCAUCAGCGAGGGGGACCCUCUGGGCCCUCAGCAGGGCCCCGACGCUGAUGCCGACUUUGAGCAGCUGAUGGUGAACAUGCUGGAUGAGAGGGACAAGCUGCUGGACACGCUGCGAGAGACCCGCGAGACGCUGUCUGUCACCCAGAGCCGCUUGCAGGAGACCCUGCGGGAGCGGGACCAGCUCCAGAGGCAGCUGAACUCGGCCCUCCCACAGGAGUUUGCAACGCUGACGCGGGAGCUCAGUGCCUGCCGGGAGCAGCUCCUGGAGAGGGAAGAGGAGAUCUCAGAGCUGAAAGCCGAGCGCAAUAACACCCGGCUCUUGCUAGAGCACCUGGAGUGCCUGGUGUCGAGGCAUGAGCGGUCCCUGAGGAUGACCGUGGUCAAGCGCCAGGCCCAGUCGCCGUCCGGGGUCUCCAGUGAGGUCGAGGUGCUCAAAGCACUUAAGUCGCUGUUUGAGCAUCACAAGGCACUAGACGAAAAGGUCCGAGAGCGCUUGCGAGCAGCGUUAGAGCGAGUGGCAACCUUAGAGGAGCAGCUUGUGGAUGCCCAUCGGCAGGUGGCCACUCUGCAGCAAGGGCCUGUGCGGGAGGCCCCAGCAGGAGAGCGGGAUGAAAGGGAGCCCAAGGAGCCAGUGCAGAAGCUUCCCUGGAAGCGGCUCUCCAACGGCUCCGUCCACCCCGACGAUGAGGCAGGGCGGGUGGUGGAGCUGCAGGACCUCCUGGAGAAGCAGAAUUUUGAAGUGGUCCAGGCCAAGGAGCGCAUCUCUGCUUUGGCUGCCAGCGUCGCCGAGCUGGAGGAGGAUCUGGGCACUGCCAGGAAAGAUCUGAUCAAAUCGGAGGAGAUGAGCAGCAAGUACCAGAGGGACCUCCGAGAGGCUCUGGCUCAGAAAGAGGACAUGGAGGAGAGGAUCACCACGCUGGAGAAACGCUACUUGGCAGCCCAGCGAGAAGCCACCUCCAUCCAUGACCUCAACGACAAGCUGGAAAGCGAGCUGGCCAACAAGGAGUCCCUGCACCGCCAGUGUGAGGAGAAAGCCCGGCACCUGCAAGAGCUGCUGGAGCUGGCGGAGCAGAAGCUGCAGCAGACGAUGAGGAAAGCAGAGACGCUGCCCGAGGUGGAAGCAGAGCUGGCCCAGCGCAUCGCAGCGCUCACCAAGGCAAAAGAGAGGCACGGGAGCAUCGAGGAGCACCUCCGGCAGCUGGAGAGCCAGCUGGAGGAGAAGAACCAGGAGCUGGCCAGGGCCCGCCAGCGGGAGAAGAUGAACGAGGAACACAACAAGCGGCUCUCGGACACUGUGGACCGUCUGCUGAGCGAGUCCAAUGAGCGGCUGCAGCUGCACCUCAAGGAAAGGAUGGCGGCUUUGGAGGAGAAGAACACAUUGUUACAAGAGCUGGAAAAUACCCAAAAGCAGAUAGAGGAACACCAGCACGACAAGCGACGGUUGUCAGAUGAGAUUGACAAACUGAGACUGGAGGUUGAUCAGCUCAAGACCAGAAGUGGGACAUUUGUGGAGAGUGUGCACACGAGGUCCCACAUGGGCAGCACCACGGACCUGCGCUUCCCCCUGAGCACCGUGGUCCAUGCCCCUGCUGAGACCUUUGGGCCAGCCCCAGGCCUACCUCGGACACAGAAGGGUCGAUUUGCUGCCCGGAGAGAGGAGCCAGCCAAGGACUGGGAGCAGGCCCAGGCAGGCAGCGUCCUGGCCACAGGGCCUCACGCAUUUGACAGCGACACUGAGAUCUCCGAUGUGGACGAGGAUGACCGCGAGACGAUCUUCAGCUCCAUGGAUGUGCUCUCUCCCAGCGGGCACUCGGAUGCCCAGACGUUGGCCAUGAUGCUCCAGGAGCAGCUGGAUGCCAUCAAUGAGGAGAUCAGGAUGAUCCAAGAGGAGAAGGAGUCCACCGAGCUUCGUGCAGAGGAGCUGGAGACCCGCGUGACGAGUGGCAGCAUGGAGGGCCUGAACCUCACCCAGCUCUGCAAAAGGGCCUCCAUCCCCACCUCACUGACGGCCCUGUCCCUGGCCAGCUCAUCCCCACCGCUUAGCGGGCGCUCCACCCCCAAGCUGUCCUCCCGCAGCGCUGCUCAGGACCUCGACCGCAUGGGGAUCAUGACACUGCCCAGUGACUUGAGGAAGCACCGGAGGAAACUGCUUUCACCAGCAGCUCGGGAUGAGAGCCGAGAGGAUAAAACCACCAUCAAAUGUGAGACCUCCCCCCCGUCCUCACCCAGGACGUUGCGGCUGGAGAAGCUGGGCCACCCUGCACUAAGUCAAGAGGAUGGGAAGAGCUCACUGGAGGAGCAGGCCAGCAACCCCAGCAGCAACAGCAGCCAGGACUCCCUGCACAAGGGCUCCAAGAGGAAGGGGAUCAAAUCCUCCAUCGGGCGCUUGUUUGGGAAAAAAGAGAAGGGCCGCUUGAUUCAGCUGAGCAGAGAAGGGGCCACAGGGCAGGUAGUGCUGCUGACUGACACAGAGGUGGGCAUGCAGGACCCCCUGGGACUCGGCAAGCUGGGGGCUCAGGCCGAGAAGGAUCGACGCCUGCGGAAGAAGCACGAACUCCUGGAAGAGGCUCGGAGGAAAGGACUGCCCUUUGCUCACUGGGAUGGCCCGACCGUUGUCUCCUGGCUGGAGCUCUGGGUGGGGAUGCCAGCCUGGUACGUGGCUGCUUGCCGAGCCAACGUGAAGAGCGGGGCCAUCAUGUCGGCCUUGUCUGACACCGAGAUCCAGAGGGAGAUUGGCAUCAGCAAUGCCCUGCAUCGCCUGAAGCUGCGCUUGGCCAUCCAGGAGAUGGUGUCGCUCACAAGCCCCUCAGCACCACCCACGUCGCGGACGUCCUCCGGAAACAUCUGGGUCACCCAUGAGGAGAUGGAGAACAUGGCAACUUCCACAAAGACGGACACUGAGGAAGGCAGCUGGGCACAGACGCUGGCUUACGGGGACAUGAACCACGAAUGGAUUGGGAACGAGUGGCUGCCCAGUCUGGGCCUCCCACAGUAUCGCAGCUAUUUCAUGGAGUGUCUUGUUGAUGCUCGGAUGCUGGACCACCUCACCAAGAAAGACCUCAGAGUGCACCUGAAGAUGGUGGACAGCUUCCACCGCACCAGCCUGCAGUAUGGCAUCAUGUGCCUGAAGAGGCUCAACUACGACCGCAAAGAGCUCGAGAGGAGGCGAGAAGAGACCCAGCAUGAAAUCAAAGAUGUGUUGGUGUGGACCAAUGACCAGGUCAUUCACUGGAUCCAGUCCAUCGGGCUCCGGGAGUACGCGAACAACCUCGUCGAAAGCGGGGUGCAUGGGGCGCUCCUGGCCCUCGAUGAAAACUUCGACCAUAAUAGUCUGGCACUUGUGUUGCAAAUCCCCACACAGAACACACAGGCUCGACAGGUGCUGGAGAGGGAAUUCAACAACCUACUUGCCUUGGGCACCGAUCGGAGGCUGGACGAUAGCGAUGACAAGACCUUCCGGCGAACCCCAUCCUGGCGAAAGCGAUUCCGCCCACGAGACGUUCACAGCAUCAACAUGCUCAGCGGCUCGGCCGAGACGUUGCCUGCUGGUUUCCGCGUCACCAGCCUGGUUCCCCUGCCACCCCCAUCUGCCCCCGCCAAGAAAAUGCCCCCAGAAGUUGGUGCCUCGGGGUCGCCAAGACUGGAGACCUCCACAGUCCGGACAUACUCCUGCUGAGGGUCCGCGUGACGGGAACCAGCCCGGCCCUGGCACAUCUGCACUAUCCAUAUGGCCACGUGCUGACUGCCUUCUGGGACUAGGCCAGAGCCCAGCCCGUGCCUGUUCCUCAGCCCAAAACAACAGACACUGCAGUCCCGCCACUUUGGGCCACAUGGACUGAAAAGGUUGCUCUUCCUUCUGCUUGUGCACCCACCUUUCCCCCUCAGCUCCCCAUGGCUGCUCCAAGCUCCCGUCUGUGGCUUCUCUGCCCACCUUUCCCUGCAUCGGCCGGGUUACGGACGCGUUCGCUGGGUGCCUGCUCCGUUGCUGGCGGAGGUAGCGUGAGCUGCAGAGACGCCUCGCAAGCGGGCUGCGGUACUUGUAAACCCUUCUCCUGCCUGGUUCGUUUUGCCAAUAUGCCAAGGGCUGCUGCACUGGCUCACCCUCGCUCUGCGCAUCGGGGACGCCGCUGCCGGGAGGACUCGAAGACGAGGAUUUAGGCUCAGCUUGGCGUGGAAACCCACGUGCUGGGGCCGCUGGGCGAGGAGCUGCUCCCCGGACGGGCUGCCGUGCCGGGGGGGCCAAGGGGCCGGGGCCAGCGUCAGGGUCGGUGUUUGGCACGCCGUGCUCGUGCGGGGUGGAGGGGCCCCGGCCAUCGCGGGGGCGAGGAGGGGGGGGACAUCGGCCGAGGGGCGGCCGGUCGGGGCGCUGCAUUUUGGGACUGGACGCGGCGCAGGGGGAGGCUGCGCCUGCACGGCGGGUCCGCGAAGGGCUGCGUGGGGAAGGGCUGGCACCGCCCCAUAUGGCUCGCUGCCAGCCGGGACGGUGCUCAGCGCCCACGGGACGGGGACCCUCCGUGGGCACCUGGGGGGCCCGGGAAACACCCGUCCCUUCCUCUCUGGGUGCAGAGGAGAUGCUCUCCCCUCCUGCCUCCAGGCUACAGGCAGGAAUCAAUCCAGGAGGCUCUUAACUCUUCCCAUUUCUUCCUCGUAGGGUAGGAUCUAUUUGUCUCCUCAUGCCACGUUUGCCUUGUGUGGCCCCUAUUUCUGAUGUGAUAUUUAUUGAUGGCUGGAAUGACCUAUACUUAUCAUGUGCUGUUUGGAAGUGCAAUAUCUGAGAGGCUAUACAGUCACGAUGUCUUUUCGGUGUAUUAUUUGCCUAAUACAGUAUUAAAUAUUUUUUUAAUUUGAAGAGUCGGUGACCCCUUUAUAUCGAUGCCCUGUUUCUUUCUUCAUAUUAUUGGUACUGCAUGGACUCCAAACCCUGAAUUGGGUCAGGAAAGGAUGUAUCUGUGUUCCAAUAAACAGGAUUUUAAAGCA